AUGGAUAGAGGAAGAACUAAUGGAAGGAGAAACAACGAUGUGUUGAAUAUUGUGAGGGAAGGAAAUAUAAAGAACGAAAAUGCAGAUGAACAUCAGUUUUGGACUAAUAUCGAUAACCAAUACUUUUCAAAUUUUGACAAGAGAUUAAUUUCUGCUUUUGAAGAUCAUAUUAAAUGCACUGAUUACAUAUGUAACAAAAUUAAAAACAAAAAAAUUAAUAAAAAAAUUCUGCAAAAUAUUAAUUGUUAUACAAGUUCAGUAAAAAUAAAAUUAAAUCCCAAAGAAAAAAAUAAUGACACAUCCAACACUUCUGAAUGUCAAUCACAAAAUAAAAAUUUUAUUUUUAAAAAUGUACAGGAUGAAAAAAAGGAUGAAAAUAGCAAAAUUCUGAAUCCCCUUUUGGAUUUUACAAAAGAAAUAAAAAAGGAAGAAAUUUGGAGUGAUUAUAACCAAAAAUUUUAUGCAAACGAUAUACAUAAAAAAUUAAAUAAUAAUGAAAAUGAAUUAACAUGUGAUGAUAGAAAAAGUAUAAUUGAAUUUAUGCCAAUGGCAAAAAAUCAAUUAUUAUUGAAUACAUUACAUCACCAAAAUUUGAGAAAUGAUAAAAGAGCUGGUUAUCCUUUUUAUAUGGGAAAAAAUGUUAAUUAUAUUCCAACCAAUAAUCCGAGAGGUGAUAAUUUCAUAGCAAGGAAUUACCAUGUUCAUGAUCAUCUUCCCUACAUUGCAGGAAAUGGUAACACUUUUGAUGUUCAACCAAAUUUUAGAAAUGGUAAUCCAUAUAAUAUGGAACAUUCGUAUUACAUGAUGGGUGGUACACAGUUGAGCAAUAUGAAUCACAUGAAUAAUGCUACAACACUUGUACCAGCAAUUCAUAAUAUGAAAGGAACGAAUGUGAAUUUUGAUAACCCGAGUAAUCCCUUUGUGAAUAUUCAAGAUAACAACAUUAGUCAAAUGGCGAAAAAUAAUAGCAACAUUAAUCACAGUAAUAGUAAGAGCAAUAAUAAUAGGGAUGACAAUUAUAAUCACACUAACAUUAGUGGUAGCGUGUUGAGUCAGAUUCAACACAAAAGCAACACGAAAGAACUGAAUCCUAUGUUUGAAUUUAAGUUGGAUAAAGUAUCUGGAGAUGUUAAUAUAGGAUCUACAUUGAACAAUGUGACCCCUGAUGCUAAUAUUGUAUCCUCAUUUAACAAUGGAAAAAUUAGUACAGUUAGUACAUUAAACGAAAUAAACGAAUAUGAUAAAAUCAAUACAGAGAAAAAUGCUGAUAAUAGUGAAAAGUAUAAAGCGGAUCAUAAUGAUACAAAAAUAAUUACCAGUGGAACAACAUACAGUAGUAGUAAUGUGAUGAAUAUCCCAUCUAACUGUAAAAAUGAUUCAAACAAUUUUGUGAAUUCCAAAUUAAAUGAAGUAAAUAAAAUAAAAUUUCCAACCAAUGAUGCCCAGCCACUUCAUACAGAUAAUUUCAUCUCUGUUAAUAAUAACGAAUUGUCUGAAAACAUGAAUCAGAACAAUUCGGUUAAUUAUAAUAUGAUGAAUCAAAUGGAUGAAAAUGCCAAGAAUAACAAUUCUGACAUGAUGAAAAGCAGGGAUAACAACAGUAAUAACAACAACAGUAAUAACAACAACAGUAAUAACAACAGCAGUAAUAAGAGCAACAAUAAUAAGAGCAACCCUGUUAGCAAUUUAGAAAAAUUAGAAACUAUGGGAAAUUUUAACCAUAUAAAUAAGUUUCCAAAUUUUGAAAAUGCUCCAAAUAAUUAUCCCCAUUUUAACAAUUGCUUUGUUAAUAAUAAUUCAUUUCAUAAGACGAAUAAUAUGGGAAUGAAUAUGAAUAUGAACAUGAGUAUGAAUAUACAUAUGCUCAUGAAUAACAAUAAUUUCCUAUUCAUGAACAGUUAUUUCGAUAGUAAAAUGAGUGAAGAAAUGAAUAUGUUUCCCUGUGCACUUACCGAGAUGACUCGUAAUAUGAUCUAUGAAUCUGACAGACGUGCUGAACCCAGUGCACUUCUUGAAAAUCAAAACAAGGAAAAUAAAAACAUCAGCAAUAGGAGAAGUGCAAACAAUGAAAGGUUCGUCAACCCUAUUAAUAGUAUUGAUAGAAACGGUAACAACAUAAAUGAUAUGAAAAAUUUUCCAAUAAUUGAUGACAUACACAAUAAUAGAAGUGUUACUAAUUUGGAAUAUUUACACAUGAAUAAUAACAUGAAUCAUGGGAAUGAUGAUUAUCAUCGAAUGUUCUUUUUUGACAAGACUGGAAAUAACAAAUUAUCUACUCAGAGUUAUCCUUUGCAAAAUAAUCAGUUGGGAAUAAAUAAUGGAAUUGGAAAUUACAGAAACGAUUUGCCUUUCAAUAAGCAGUUCAUGCCACAUCCCCAACCAUUAUACGGAAAAGGAUUUUAUAAUCAAACUGAUUUGAUGAAUUAUGAAAAUAGGAUGAUGUUGCAUAUAAAUGAAAAUCAAAUCGAGAAACAUGAUCAUCAAUUAUUUAAGUUUAUAAAUCAGAAUCAGUCCCCGAAAAAGGGAUUUGAAACGAAGCUCAAAAAAAAUAAGGAAAAUGAUGAAGAUUCCAGGUUACAUGAGGAAAAAGACACAGCAUGUAGACCUAGCAGAAAUAAGAAAAAUGAAUCAAACUUUUUUAAUCCAUUUUUGAAUAAGAAGUACGAUGGAGUUGGAAAGCUCCCAUAUAUUCAGAACAAACCAAUUCCCAAUGGUCUCCACAUUUCUAUAUAUAUCCCGCAAAAUUAUAAUUUUAAUGAGAAAACACAAGCAGGAGAGGGACGAAAAGAAGGAGGAAAAGUGGGAGGGGUCAUAAAAUCAAGUAGCAACGACAAUAGGAUCGAUAAGGAUACCGAUAAUGAUAACGUUAAUGGCAAGGUGUAUGAUAAGGAAAAGAGUGAUUCUUAUGAACAUUCUGAGAAAAAAUCACAAAAAGAGGAAAUGGAUCUAUACGAAAAGGAAGCACUAGCGAAAUUGUUAACUGAAAUAACUUUUGCGGAUAGGAGAAAUACAUUAUCCCCACAAAUGUCCGUGGAAAAAAAGGAAAAAUGUUAUAACAGCAUUUUAGAUGAACUAAAGAAUUAUACCUCUCUUCCUAUUAUCCUGGGCAAUAUUUUACCAUAUUGGGAGAAGCAAAAAAAUAGUAAUUUACUUUAUAAGGUAAAAAAUUUGAAGCUAAAAAAUGCCAAAUCGAAAUAUAUUCACAUAAAAGAUAUAAAUAAAAAAAUAUCAUGUAGGAGAAUUAAAAAGAGAAAAAAACGUUUAUCAACAAGUAAUGAAUGUAACGGAAAAAUGAAAAAAAAAAAAAAGAAAAAAAAGAAGAAAAAAAAAAAAAAAAUUAUCAAAGAUGCUGAUAUAUUACUUAAAGAAAAGGAAAUUGAUACCGAUAAAAUAGAACAUGAUGCGUUCAAUAAAUGUUUAGGAAAUUUAUACAAAAAAAAUUACAAAAUUGAUAAUAGAUCAUACAGUUUGGAGCUAACGGAUGCAGAGUCAAAAAAGGUGAACAAUGAAAAUAAGUAUGAUUCAUUUGUGAAUAAUGUGGAUAGCAGUGAAGCAAAAGAAGAAUCAAGCAAAUCAGAAUUGGCACAGAUAGAACAUAUUGGAGUCGAAGCAGGAGAAGAAGAGCAUCAACAAUCCAUAUGUGAACAUCUAAAGGACGAGGACAGUGAGGAUAAUGGUCAAAUAAAGGAAGAACAUUUUCUUACAUCUGAAAUCACACAAACAGGUGACAUAACGAAUGAAAAUAAAGAGAAGAACGUUCAAAAUGAAGAAACAGAACAAGGAAAAUUCAACCUUUUAAACAAAAAUAUUGAUGAUAAAUUAGUGUUCGUGGUUAGCAGUAAUACGGAAGAAUCAUUAAAAUGUUCCCCCACUCAUAACAUUUGCGAGAAUGAUUUAUCUCAAGAGUCAUUGGCAAAUGCAGAAGAAUCGAGGAUUCAAAAUGGUAAGGUAGACUUUGUAGAAUAUAAUCCUCGUUUUGUUGAGAAUAGUAACAGAAAUGAAGAUGGUAAAAGGAAAAAACAAAAUGUUUAUCGAGAAAAUCAGAGAAAAGCUAUAGUUAAGAAGAAAUUAUUUUUAAAAAAGAAAAACAAAUAUUAUAAAUUUCAAUUUUUAAAAAAAUUUAGAUUUUCAAUUCCGAAUAAUUACACUGUCCCAUUUAAUAAUUCUAUUUUUUCUUUACAAAAAAAUCAGUACAAAUCGAAUAUAUACUUUGAAUUCAUAUUAACAAAUAUAAACCUAGAUAAAUAUCGAAAGAACAUUUUGAAUGUGAACUAUAAUAAUAGCAAUUCUGUUACAAACAAAGCACGUGCAUAUUGUAUAAAUUUCAAUAAAUUAAAGAAUCGUAAGAAGAAGCUUAUCAAAAGGAGUAACACCUUAGGAAUGGACGGAAUGAAGAUAAGUAUUACUUCUACAGGAUCAUCACUGAAACAGAAUAAUAGUAAUAAUAAUGAAAAGAUGGUUGCAGUUGACAUUUUGGGUAAUAAUUCACCAUCUAGUGAGGUGCAGAAGAUUGUCAGUUCUGUAUUUUCAAUUAGAAAUAGCAAUCACGAUAGCGAUAAAGAUCAAAAUGAGUAUAAAGAAUGCAGGAGAGAUAGUAAAAACGACAUAGAUAUAUUCACAAAAGGAGGAGGAGAGUCAAGUGGUACCACAAUUCGCUCCAAAAAUGAGCAGAAUGUAAAAAAUAUGAAGAAUAUUAAUAAAGAAAUAUGCGUGUUAUUUUCUCGAUAUGUACACAACAUAAAGGAACAGAAGAAAAUUUUGAUCAAACUAUUAGAUAACAUAAAGAACGAAAAAAAGAAACCAUACAAAUAUUGGUAUUCUAUCGAGGAUAAAAUGAUAAAUUUUUACAUAAAUGAAUAUUUAAAAAAUAAGUUAAACACAAAACAUACAUACACAUUGUCCAAGCAGAUUGUAGAUUUAUUAAAAUUAAGAAUAUUAGUUAGCAGCAGUUCUCAGCUCCCAAAUAGUUGGACAGAAAAAGCUUUAUGCAGCAUUUGUAGUUUGGGGGAAGAUUGGGAAGAUAAUCCAAUAAUUUUUUGUGAUUGUUGCUAUACCCCUAUGCAUUCAUCUUGUGCAGGUUCGAGGAAUGUUAAAAAUAAUAGUAUUAUUAAAAGAAGUGCACAGAAAUCGGAUCCAAAUGAAUCCGAAGAACCUACGAGUAAAGAUAACGAAAUCAGUACUACUAAAAAUAGUUUGAGUAAGAAAAAUGGAGCCAAAAAAGUAAAUCUAAAUAUUAUGAAAUCCCUGUUAUCUGAUUGUUAUGUUAGUUUCAAUUCACCUGUUAGUCUUUUUAGUGCUACACAGCUCAAUGAAAGUAAGGAAAAUCAUAUGAAGCAUAAUGAUGAGACGACCACACAAAAUGGCACAUUGAAUGAAGGAAUACAACCACAGUAUUUUGAAUCGGAUAUUGGGGAACAUUCUCUCGCUAAGAGAGAGAUAAAAAUGGACAUUAUGAAAACUGAUCAUUCUGACACUAAUUUUUCAGCAUAUAAUAAUGGAGAAAUAUACACUAAAAGUGUAAAAGAAGAGGAUAAAAAAGAAGAGGCUAUCAUAGGUAAAGAAACGGAUAAUCAUGCGAACAUAUUUAACUGUGACGCAACCCAAACUAAUGUUAAAGUAGAAAAAAUGGAAACCCUAAAUAAUAAUGAAGGAGAGGAAGAAUUUGCUCUUAAAGAUAUCCUAAGUAAGAAAGGAGAAAAUAAUAUGCAAAAUAAUCUUUCAGAAAAGGUAUUAAGAAACAGUGUAUCCGUACCAUUUAUGGAAAACAGCUUAAUUGACACGUCGUUGAGUAAAACAAAUAAUCAAGUCCAAAAUGGAAACAUUGAAAAUAAGUGUGAUGAAGAAAAUGAUAAAAAUUCUGAUGAUGAACAAUGGAUAUGUCCAUUAUGUUCCUGUUUAAGAAACCAAAUUUUGUUUAUGGAUGACUCUACUGCUUUUAGAAUUAUCCGACAUUUAAGUGGACCAAGAAAAAAGAAAGAUAUGGAAUAUUUAGCUAAAUCAUGUGAUGAAUUUAGUAGUGCAUUUUCAUAUGAUAUAAAAAAUGAAUUAACUGCAUACACUCCACCAGAAGAAAUUAAAAUAAAUAAUAAUGAUUAUUCCAUUAAUGCCAUUUACAAAUACAAGUCGAUUUUGCUCUUAUUCGACAUCGAUAGGGAUAUUCACCUUUAUAAGGAAAAAUACAACCUUGAUAUAAAUAAUGCACAUGAAUUUUUUGAAAAUAUUAUUAUGAAAAAUACACAUUUGUACAAGUAUAAAAUAUUUUUCAAUUGUAUUAUAGUGACUAAGGUGAUUGCACCUAGUGGAACAGAGGGAAGUCGUCAUUUUAUGGAAUUGAGUGAAGGGGUAAACACAACUGAGUUGAGCCCUAACCCCUCCUCCUCCAUAAAGUUAGAACACCUUAAAAUGUUUCGACAAGAACCCUUUUUUAUCAAUGAAAAUUUGGAAGAAAGUGACUUUGAUGAUUUAAAAGAAAAUGAGAAAGAAAAGGAAAAAGAUGAAAAAUGCGAUAGAAAUAGGAAAGAUAGAAAUUCACGUAAUAGCAAAAUAUCCAAAAGAGAGUUAAAAAGAAGAAAUAAAUUGAAAACACAAAGAGGAGGAAAUGUCAAUAGUACUAGUAGGAGUAAUAACAAUAUCAUUGAUGGUAACACUAAUGUGGUAGUCAGAAAAAGGGGUAGGCCAUUGGGAAGCACGAAAUUGAAUAAAAUUAAACUACUUAACAUGCAAAAUAAGAAUAAUACCAAGAAUGAAGAAAAUAAUGUAGCAGCUACUAACAAUUGCAAUUGGGGACAAGCAAAUGGUAUCUUAGGUAACACUAGUUCUAGCUUGAAUAUGUAUAGUUCCAUGCACAGUAAUCACGUCAAGAGUGAAAAUGAUUUUGAUGCAAAUCAUUCAAAUUUGGAAAACAAUAAUCAUUACUCCAAACUUAUGGAAUUUAUUCAUCAGGAUGAUAAUAACGAUAUUGGAAAAAAAAUAAGCCAUAAGGAAAAAGCUACGAUUGCACAAAGAUACUUUAGUGAAACAAAUAAUGACCUUUCUAAAUUCAUCAAUCGGAAUUUUCCUUUUUUUGACAAAUAUGUGGAUGAAAAUAACCUACUGCUGAAGUAUAAUUAUAGCAAGAAUUUUUCAUUUGUUUUUAAAAUACCAACAUGCUGUAUUUGCGAAUUUGAUUCUUUUUAUUUAGGAGGGGGGCCAAUAAAAAGAACAAAAAAAAAAAAUCAGUGGUGUCAUAUUCGUUGUGCAUUAAUAAGUAAUUGUGUCGUUAACGACAAAAUUGAAAUCAAUCAUAGGGACAAAUCGAAAUAUAAAUGUUCCUUAUGCUUACGAACAAGUAAUACAGGAAUAAUCAAGUGUAACAUUGCGGAUUGUUAUAAGUAUUAUCACAUAUCCUGUGCAACAUCUUCAAAUAAGUAUCUUAUUGAAGUGAACGAAUCAAACAAAUUAGUUUUGUUCUGUUCCAAUCAUUCCCAGAGAAAAGCACCAACAGAGAUUUUAAGAAAAUAUCAAAUUCUUAGAGAAAAAGAAUUUAAUAAAAAUAAAUUAGAAGAUAAAGUAAAUAUGUCCAAAGUUUUUGAUGCAUAUAUUUUACAAUCAUAUUUAAAAAUUAGCGACAUGAAAUUAUUUAAUUUGUUAUCCUUAUCUUCUCUUUCCAUUUUUGAAAAAUUUGUUUAUUUUAAUUAUGAUAAGUAUAGUAAAAAUAUGCAAUCCAAUUUAGGAAUUAUUGAUGAUUUUAAUGAUUUGUAUCAAGCAUUUGAUCAACAUUUGUCAAAAGAACGAAACGAUAUUUCUCUCAUUAACAUGUCAGAUUUAAACAAAUUGAAAAAGAAGGCAUCAUUAAUGCAUAGGAAAGACCAGGAAACUGAUGUUGUGACCUCGUAUGAGAAUAAGACUAAUCAUGAAGGUGUACUCGUGGCAAGUAAUGAUGAUACUGAAGAGACUACUAGGGAUGAAGGAACUGAUACAAAUACAGUUAACGGGGAUGAAGAACAAGGGAAGAUGUUCUUGGAACUGGAGGAGAAAAGUAGAUCCAAGAAGGCAUACAUUGAUAUAUUCGAUAUUGAAGCCAUAAACAAAAUUAGCAGUACAAAAUGCAAUAACAUAAUAAGUAUAAGCAGCUUUAAAAAUAUAUAUAAUGAAAAUCUGUUGGAUGAAGAUUCACUUCUAAAAUUAUUAACCCAUGAUUUCUUGUACUUGCAGAAAGAUUUACAAGAAUUAAACAAUGUUAUCCUGAGUGAUAAAUAUAAGAAAUUAAAAAACUUCGAAAACAUUUUAUUAUUGUAUCCCCAUUUUAAUGAUUUUCAGUUAAGGAAAUUAUCAGAACUUAUACUGGAGAAAUAUCACAUCAGCAUCACAAAAUUUCCAAAUGAUGAUACUUUUUUUUCCUUUUUCAUCCAAUAUCUUUCUUUGCUGAAUAACAAAAAUUUAAUGUUAUGCAGCGUGUGCUUAUCCAGAUCUAAUUAUAUUCCUAGGGAGAAGGAGGAAAGAACGCAUAGAGGUAAAAGUGACAUAUACAUUUUAGAAAACAACAAUAGCUACAGUAACAGUAUCAACGAGAGUGGCAACACGCGUAGGAAUGCCAAUAAUAAUAACCCCUCUUAUGGUUCCAACUUGAGAGAACAAUUUGAAAAUAAAAAAGAAAGGAGAUUAGGAUCUCUAAGCGUAUUAAAAAAGUGCUUUUUGUGUAAUGUGUUCAUAUGCUGCUUCUGUUGCCACAGAAUGAACAUUGAUAUCAUGAAAAAUUACCUUAACGAUCGUUCAAAAUAUAAACCGGACAAUCAGGUAGUUGUUAAAAAGAGCGUACGAAUUAGAAAUCCACCUGGAACUAAUAAAAUUGGAAGGCCCUGUAAAAAUAAGCACAAACUUCAAACCGAACUCACAACAAAUAAUCAAAGUUCGACAAAAGCUAAUGCAAAUAAUGAAAAUAAAAUGCAUGAUGAUCAUACAAAUAUUUGUAACAAACAGAAAAACUUAAAUGAUUCGAUCAAAACGGAUAAAUGUGAUGUUACUUCGCCCGAUGGGAACCAAAAUAACUAUUUUAAUGAUGAUUCUAACACUGUUAUUGCAUCUGUUAUGGAUACAAAGAAAAAUGUGAAUUGUGAUAAGAUUGUCGAAAAUGCAGGAAAUAGCAUAAGAGAGGACACAAUGAAGAAUGCAGAAGAGAUUGAAAAAAUGGAAAGUAAAAAUAAUAAACAUCUUGAUUACAGUUGUCUGUCGAAAAAUAAUCGUACGAAUAAAAUGAAAGAGGAGGAAGAAGAGGAUAAGGACGAAUCCAACAUAGUAAAGGAGACCACUAAAAAGAACAAUAAUGAAUCCGAAUUUGUAUGUCCAAGAUGUCAAUAUUUUCAGGUUAAAAAAAAAAUAGCUUUCUGUACAUACUGCCCAAGAUUAGAUGGAUUUUUAAAUUGUUUUGAAGAUAAGGCAAAAAAGGAAUUAUUUUUUAUGCAUCCCAAAUGCCAGGAAUAUGUAAAUACAGCGUAUUCUAAAAAAAUGAACAUUCAUGAAAUGAAAACAGGGGGAAUUAAAAAGGUUUGCAGUUAUUGUAGAAUCAAACACGGGAUAGUUAUCACAUGUAGUAAUACAGAUUGUGAUGUGUCAUUCCAUAUAUCAUGUGGAAUUUUGUUAGGAUGUAAAAUGGAUAAUUUUUUUGGUCGAGUUGAUAUUUAUAACCCUAAAAAAGCAUACUGUUUUAAACACACCUUUCAAUGUUUUAAAAAAAAUACUUUAAUCAAUUUUAUAAACACAAAUAAAUUAUUUUUCUUUGAGAACUUUUUAAAUUAUCCCUUCAACCAUUUAUAUAAUUUUCUAAUGGGUACUUAUAUUUUCAAUAAUUUAAAUAAAAAUUGUGUAAACUAUUUAAUGAAACCUAUAAAAAUAGAAGAAAACCCAUGUAUUAACGCAAUUUUUGAAAAAACACAACUCAAUAUUAUGAGGAAAAGUGCUGCCAAUAUGUCAUCGAAUGAUAUUAGAAGAAGUCAUAAAAAAAAAAGUAGCAUAAGAAAUGAAUUGAAUGAUGAUAAUUUGACAGGAAAUAUUUACAACAAUGAUGACAGUACAACGAAUCAAGGAAUUAAUGAUGACACGUUUAUUCACAAAGAUUUGAGAUUUCUAAUUGAACAGCAUUCAAAGACUGCAUCAUAUACACCGAAAAGUAUGGAUGGAGAAGAUCCACGAAAUACAAAAAAUAAUAUUGCACAAUUAAUUAUGGGGAAAAAAGAUGCAAUAGAUAAUAUGUUAAUACAUGAUAGAAGUACUGCAUUAAGUGUAGACUCAGAUUGUGUACAAAAUCCUUUUGCCAUAUCAAAUAAUAAGUCAAAAUAUAAGAAUGAUAUAUUAUUUAUUGAUGAUAAUGUUACAGAAAGUGCAGUAUCUCUGUUGUCAGAAAAUGAAACAGAAGAACUUCGAUCUUUUCAAAAUGUAUCCUUUUUUAAUUCAAGGGGAUAUCCUCAAAUUAACAACAUAGUCAACAAUAGUUUUAUUCACCAAAUGAGAAAUGUUCCCGAAAAUCAAAACAUGAUGAUAACUCCAUCAUAUUAUAAUGGUGCGAACAUGAUUCCUAAUAACAUGAUGUACCCAUAUUUUAAUGCCAAGUACGAUGAUAUUAGAAAUGUGGAAAGCAUGGGUAAAAACAUGGCACAUACUGCAGCUAACCCCAAUCCCAAUGUAUGGUCAGAUAAAAUUGAUAAGCAUAAUUAUCUUGAACGAAAAAGAAAAAAAUACCUUCUCCAACAGAAUGAUGAAGUGAUAAGAAGAAACAUCUUGAAUGAUUCCAAUAUUUGUCAGCAAUCGGGUGUGAACGUAGAAGUGAACGCAAAAUCGGAUGGAAGAAAAAGAAGAAAACAUCGAAAAAAUAAAAACGCACAGAAUACAGAUGAUUUGGAUGAUUCUAACAUGAAUAGUUUGUUAAACAUUCCCCAUGAAUUGGUAAAUCCCAUACCUUUAACCAGUGUCCGCAAGAAGAGCAUAAAUGAACCGAAUAACAUUGAUGCUGAUAUGAAUACAACAAUAAACCAUUUGGACGAGUUAAUCAUAAGAAAGGAUAAACGUUAUGUAGAAAAAGAACAAAAUAUGAAAAACAAACAUGCAAAAAUUAAUGAGCAUGCAAAAAUUAAUGAACCUGUAAAAAUUAAUGAGCAUGCAAAAAUUAUUGAACCUGCUAAAAUUAAUGAACCUGCUAAAAUUAAUGAACCUGCUAAAAUUAAUGAGCAUGUAAAAAUUAAUGGACAUGAAAUAAAUGAAGAAAAAUCAAAUGUAAAAAAUAAUGAAGAAAUAAAGGAAGAACAAAUUUAUUGUCCAGUAUGUAAAUCUUUUUAUGAAGAAUUAAGUGAUGGUUCACCGGCUGAUGGUUUAAAUUGGAUUGGUUGUGAUAAAUGUGAAAGAUGGUUUCACUGGAUUUGCUGCAAGUAUUCAAUUGACAAUCCCCCCGAUAUGGAAAAUGACUGGUAUUGUAAUUCCUGCCUUAAUAGUUGA